UGGACGGGGAACACAACAUCACCGAUCGGUGCGACUUCUUGGGAUUUUUGACUUUGCAAAUCUACGUGUGACUUAUGAUUUAUCGCAGCGAUGCCGAUUAGAAGCGGCCAGAGGCCAAGUUUGACGCAGAGUCUUGAUCGCGAGAUAUACCAAGUUGUUCGCAAAAUCGCUGACGAGCAGGCCGAGCGUGAGGAUGGCGGGAAGAGGCUUUCUACAUCGGUAGUAUACGACAGCAUUAAGAAUUCGAAUUCAAGUCUUAGGCGCAGACCGAAGAAGUUGCUCGAUGACUCGAUCGACCGUGUUCUACUAGUUAUAAAAGAGGAGCAGGAUGAUAGCGAGGCUUCGCUGGAUGGGGAUUUUGAUGGGAUCGCCGAUGCUGUACCUGUACUGAAGGAGCACAAUGUCAUGAAUAGGAGCAUUACGAAGUUGUGGGCGCAACCGAAGGCAUCCCUCACACCGAACACACAAUCAGAUGCCUUAACGACGGGACAAACUACACCUUCAACUCCAACCCAGGCACUCGAUGGAGAUGCGACGACGCCGGGCAAGGCGGACAGACAUACCAAUGGAGAGCCGCACAAGAAGCGCCGCAAGGCAGAGAGAGAGCCAAAGAAAGAAGUCGACCGCACUCCACCCGCAGACAUCUCCCUCGCCAACCUCGGCGGUGUCGACGCAGUGAUCGAAGAGCUGAACGAACUCGUCGCCAUGCCCAUGCUCUACCCCGAAACAUACCUCCGUACCGGCAUCCAGCCGCCCCGCGGUGUCCUCCUCCACGGCCCGCCCGGAUGCGGCAAGACUAUGAUCGCUAACGCCUUCGCAUCCGAAAUAGGCGUCUCCUUCAUCCCCAUCUCGGCGCCCUCGCUCGUAGCCGGCAUGUCCGGCGAGUCUGAGAAGAAGAUCCGCGAGAUCUUCGACGAGGCGAAGAAAAUGGCUCCCUGUCUUGUCUUCAUCGAUGAGAUCGACGUUAUCAUGGGGAAGCGUGAGAGCGCGCAGCGUGAGAUGGAGAAGCGUAUUGUUGCGCAGAUGCUGACGUGCAUGGACGACAUGGCGCUGGAGAAGACGGACGGGAAACCUGUCAUCAUCAUCGCUGCCACCAACAGACCCGACAGCAUUGACCCCGCGCUCCGCCGCGCGGGACGCUUCAACAAGGAAAUCAACCUCGGCGUACCAAACGAGGCGUCGCGCGAGAAGAUCCUGCGUGCGCUGACGCAAAAGCUCAUGUUACCCGAUGAAUUCGACUUCCUCAAGCUCGCCAAGAUGACUCCCGGUUUCGUCGGCGCGGAUCUCAAUGAUGUCGUCUCGGUCGCCGGCACAGAAGCGAUGAAGCGCAUGAUGACAGCUCUCAAGCAGCGCGUCGUAGACACCCCCCUAACUCCCCCAACGGCACUCACAACAGAUGUCAUGGAAAUCGAUAGCAUCCUCACUGCCGCCUCUACCUCCGCCACUACUACCACCUCCACCGACCUAACCGCACACCCGACCCCCCUCUCCGCCCCACUCCGCCUCCUCCGCAGCCUCGUCAAGCACGCCGGCGAAACACCCCCCGACGGAGACUUCUCAAUUACCUACUCCGAUUUCCUCGCCGCCAUCCCCAAAGUCCAGCCCUCCGCGCGCCGCGAGGGAUUCGCUACCAUCCCCGACACGACGUGGGCGCACAUCGGGGCUCUGCACACCGUGCGCGAGCAGCUGACUAUGGCCAUCAUCGAGCCCAUCCGUCGCCCCGCCGCCUUCGCGCGCGUGGGUAUCACAGCCCCAACUGGUGUCUUACUCUGGGGACCGCCAGGGUGCGGUAAGACGCUCCUAGCGAAGGCGGUAGCGAACGAGUCGAAGGCGAAUUUCAUCUCCAUCAAGGGCCCUGAGCUACUAAACAAGUACGUCGGCGAGUCCGAGCGCGCAGUCCGACAAGUCUUCGAGCGCGCGCGCUCCUCCGUCCCCUGCAUCCUAUUCUUCGACGAGCUGGACGCUCUCGUCCCCAAGCGCGAGGACUCGUUGUCUGAAGCAAGCAGCAAAGUCGUCAACACGCUGCUCACCGAACUGGACGGCCUCAGCAGUCGCGCGGGCAUCUACGUCGUCGCCGCCACGAACAGACCGGACAUGAUCGACCCCGCGAUGCUGCGCCCGGGCCGCCUGGGGACGAGCGUCUUCAUCGACUUGCCGAAUGCCGAUGAGCGGGUCGAGAUUCUGCGCGCGCUGUAUGCGAAGGCACUGCCGGGGGCGGUGAUGGAGGGGUUGGAGGAGGUGGCGAGGGAUGGGAGGGCGGAGGGGUAUUCGGGGGCGGAUUUGGGGAAUUUGCAUCAGGCUGCUGCGGUGGCGGCGUUGAGGAGGGAUGGGGGGAGUGAGGAGGUCAGGAUUGAGAGGGUGGAUUGGGAGGUUGCGCUGGGUUCGGUGAAGCCGAGUGUGAAGGAUGCGGGGAAGUAUCGGAGGUUGAAGGAGAGGGGGAUGUAA